UAUAAGAUUUUAGGUUUAGUCUCUUAAAUGAGUUUAGUUUUCUGUUUGAAUUAUGUGUGGAUGGAGUUGUUCAUGUUUGAACUAGUUUAAUUUUUAGAAUAAAUUUACCAAUUUUAUUUGUGAUUUUAGUUGCUUAUUUGUGCUGGUUUUUUUGUCAGAUUAGUGCUUGAGGAGGAGGAGUACUGGUAGAAAUGAUGGUCAUGAUUAGUAGUAGUACUGGUAGUGAUGAUAUCAUGAUCAAUUUGACCAUGAUUUGUAGUAUCUGAAUUAGUGCAUGAUUUGUAGUAGCAGUAGUAUUGGUUUGUAGUAUCUGAACUAGUGUUAUUAUACUGAUUGGAUGGGUAGAGAGAUUUAUGGGAGUGAGCCAAUUGGGAUUGUAAUAGUUGCAGUGAAGAGUUUUAAUCUUGUUCUUAUACAUAUUCUGAUGUGAUAACUGAAAUUUAUGAGCAUAUGAUGGUAUUAAUUUAUGAUUAUUACUAUUUUAGCAACUAAGCAUUUGGUCUUUUUAUAAGUACAAUAGCCUUGUUCUCUCCUCCAUCGUCACUCUAGUAUGUCAUAGGCAAUUAUUAUCAUAAUUGAGCAAAUCUUUCAGGGGAUGGAACUGAAACAGUGUGUGAAUUCAACUUUGUGUUUGGAGAAAAAGCCCAAGUUAGUUGUGGGACUUAGGGGUUCAACAUCUAAUAUUUUUGUAGACAAUGCAGCUUAUAGGGACUUCCUUUUCCAAACAUUUCAGGUUUCAUCUUCAGGCAUGGAAAGUUUUGCUAUGGUUAUGACAAGCUUGUCCAAUGGAUUCCCUGUGCUUGCAAUUAGAGGAUUUUCUAAUAUAGCUAGUGGAUAAGAAGGAACAAAUUAAUACCAUUGAGUUGUUUGGUUCUCUUGCAGCUCUUAAUACAGCCAACUCUGUAAUGUACUAUUAUUGUUACUAUCAUGUUACUAUUAUUGUUGAUUAUAUAUUUCCUUUUGCAGACAAGCUUGUCCAAUAAUAAUAUCAUGUUACUAUUAUUGUUGAUUAUAUAUUUUGUCUCCAAAGCUCUUCAGGAUAAAAUAAUGUCUUCAAA